AUGAAUCGUCCCCCAACCAGAGAGGAAAUUCAGAAGAUCAUACAGCGUUGGCAAGAGUUGAGACAACAGUAUGGUGAGCAAGUAUACAAUGUCCCUGAAUUUGCUCAAUUGAACAAGGUGUUGAACUCAAUCAAGAUGCAACAACAAAGAUUUCAACAACAACAACAACAACAACAGCAGCAGCAGCAACAACAACAACAGCAACAACGACAAGGUAUGAACUCACAGUCUUCAAUGCCGCAACAGAUGCAAACACAGACUCCUCAACAACAACAAUCACCUGCGCCUCAGCAGUUUACCAACAUGAACCAAAAUGGUUUCAACAAUCAACCUUACCAGUCUCAAAUGCAUUCUCCUGCUAUUGGCGGUUCAUUAUCUAAUAAUGGUACACCACCAUUACCACAGAAUACAAACAUGAUGGCCAAUUCAAAUAAAAACAUGAAGUUGAAUAGCAACCAAUUUAAUAAUCAAAUGGGUAUGAGUCCGAUGCAACAACAACUGCAAUAUCUGUCCCAGUCCCCUAAUCCAAGUAAUAUGUUCAACCAAAUGUCCCAACAACAGAUGCAACCGCCACAACAUCAACAAUCAAGCACGACUCCAAACCCUGAAUCUGCAUUUACAAAUCAACAAUUUCAAUUGUUGAAGUCACAACUUCAGGCAUUCAAGUAUCUUGUGAAAGCACCAGGGCAAGGUGGUCCAGGUCAAAUCCCCCAGAAUUUAAUUGCAUAUGUUUCUAACCCUUCAUCAGCCAUGGCAAACGAUAUGUAUUUACCAGCUGUUAAUAGACCACAGAGUAAUGGUAUGAUGCAAAUGCCUAUUAACCAACAAAUGGGACAACAACUACCACCGAAUAUGCAACAACAGCAACAACCACCACUACCACCACCACCACAACAGCAACAGCAAUUUCCAGGUCAACAACCGAAUGACAUGAGUAAUAACUCAGUUGGUGGUACUCCUGAAAUGGGAGAGAAGAAGAAAGGCAAACGUGGCCCAAGACCAAAACAACCAAAGAAACCAACCAAGAAACAAUUACGCGAGGAAGAACAAAGAUUGGCAUUGGAAAGACAAAGACAGGAACUUGAACAAAAUAGACUUAAGAAUGAUAUUUCCCAAGCAUUCCCUGGAGGUCCAUUCCCUGUGCAAUCACAAUUUACACCACAACCACAACAACAGCAACAACAACAGCAACCUCCUCAAGUUCCUGGACAACCUCCAUUACCACAACAAAGACAAAUGUCAAUGGGCCCUCAAUCUGUGCCGGGACCUAUCCCUCCACCACAACCACCUAGGUCUGUUACUCCAAAACAAAUGUACCCAGAUCCUUCACCUCCAGUUAAUCUUCGUUCUGUUAUUCCAGAUAAAACAACUAACAAGAAAGUUAUCAUCCCAGUGAAUAAGCCAAACAUUCAAGUUGAUACCUUUGAAAUUUUCGAUAUUUCCAGCGAUGAAGUUAAGGAUAUUCCAUUUAGUACAUUAUACACUCCUCAAAGUAGAUUCCAAAUCCCUUCAUUCUUACCAGAUGGUAUCAAUAUGGAAGAUAUUUUCUACAACAGAGAAGGGUAUAUAUUGGUCAGAAUUGAACAGGAGAAGUAUAAGUUGAAACAAAAGAUCGAGUCUUUGGGUGAUGACAAUGAUGAAGAAAAAACAAAAUUGGAAUCCCAAUUGAACCAAUUAGAGUUGAUUCCAUACCAGAAGGAUUUGCGUGGGAAAUUGCUUACACAAGCUUGGUUUAGCAAAUCUUUACUUCCAAACUCACAUCCAAACUUUUUGGCACGUUUUAGUUCUUUAUCAUUAGACGGUGUUACUAUCAGUACCGAUCUUUACAGACAACAAUUGGAAUCUUUAUUGAAGGAACAAAACCGUAAACAUAACAAGACUAUUGAAGAAAUCAUCAGAUUUAGUGACAAGAAUAGUGUCAAGUUUGGAAAGAAAACUGACAGACUAUCAAGAUUCAUGACAAAGAUCAACAACUUCCAUAAUCAAACUGCCAAAGAAGAACAAAAGAAAUUGGAAAGAAUGGCCAAACAACGUUUGCAAGCUUUGAAACUGAAUGAUGAAGAAGCUUAUUUGAAAUUAUUGGACCACACUAAGGAUACCAGAAUUACACACUUAUUGAGUCAAACCAACCAGUUCUUGGAUUCAUUGGCAUUAGCUGUUCAAAGUCAACAAAGGGAAGCACAUGAUAGUAUGGUGAGUACCGGGCGUAUCAUCGAAGCUGCACCAGCUCCUCCUGAGCCUAUUGACGAUGAAAAGAGAGAGAAGAUUGAUUAUUAUAAUGUUGCUCAUAGAAUUAAGGAAGAAGUUACCAAGCAACCUUCAAUUUUGGUAGGUGGUACUUUGAAAGAAUAUCAAUUGAAAGGUUUGCAAUGGAUGGUGUCGUUAUUCAAUAACCAUUUAAAUGGUAUUUUAGCAGAUGAGAUGGGUUUGGGUAAAACCAUUCAAACUAUUUCUUUGAUUACUUAUCUUGUUGAAGUGAAAAAGAUUCCCGGUCCCUUUUUGGUCAUUGUUCCUUUAUCCACCAUCACCAACUGGAACUUGGAAUUUGAGAAAUGGGCUCCUUCUGUUAAGAAGAUCACAUAUAAAGGUAACCCAGCUCAACGUAAGGUAAUGCAACACGAAAUCCGUACCGGAAAUUUUCAGAUUUUGUUGACUACUUUUGAAUAUGUUAUCAAGGACAAGAAUUUACUUGGUAGAAUCAAAUGGGUUCAUAUGAUUAUUGAUGAAGGUCAUAGAAUGAAGAAUACCCAAUCCAAGUUGUCUGAAACUUUGACUCAAAAUUACCACAGUGAUUAUCGUUUGAUUUUGACAGGUACUCCAUUGCAAAACAACUUGCCAGAAUUGUGGGCAUUAUUGAAUUUUGUUUUGCCAAAAAUUUUUAAUUCGGUUAAAUCGUUUGAUGAAUGGUUUAAUACCCCUUUUGCAAACACUGGUGGUCAAGAUAAGAUUGAAUUGACAGAAGAAGAAACAUUGUUGGUUAUUAGAAGAUUGCAUAAGGUUCUUCGUCCAUUCCUUUUAAGAAGAUUAAAGAAGGAUGUCGAAAAGGACUUGCCAGACAAGGUUGAAAAAGUUGUCAAAUGUAAGAUGUCAGCAUUGCAAUCGAAGUUAUAUCAACAAAUGUUGCGUUACAAUAAGUUGUACACUGGUGAUCCAGAAAAUGGUGCCGAACCACUUACCAUCAAGAAUGCAAACAAUCAAAUUAUGCAAUUGAAGAAAAUUUGUAACCAUCCAUUUGUUUAUGAAGAAGUGGAACAUUUCAUCAACCCAAGUAUUGAAACCGAUGACCAAAUUUGGAGAGUUGCAGGUAAAUUCGAAUUAUUGGACAAAGUUUUACCUAAGUUCAAGGCUACUGGACAUAAAGUGUUAAUGUUUUUCCAAAUGACACAAAUCAUGAAUAUUAUGGAAGAUUUCUUGAGAUUCCGUGGAUUAAAGUACAUGAGAUUGGAUGGUGGAACUAAAGCUGAUGAUAGAACUGAGUUGUUGAAACUUUUCAAUGCUCCUGAUUCAGAUUACUUUUGUUUCCUUUUGUCUACAAGAGCUGGUGGUUUGGGUUUGAAUUUACAAACAGCUGAUACUGUUAUUAUUUUUGAUACCGAUUGGAAUCCGCAUCAAGAUUUGCAAGCUCAAGAUAGAGCCCAUCGUAUUGGUCAAAAGAAUGAAGUUAGAAUUUUGAGAUUAAUCACUGAAAAUUCUGUUGAAGAAAUGAUUUUGGAAAGAGCACAUGCCAAGUUGGAAAUUGAUGGUAAGGUUAUUCAAGCAGGUAAAUUCGAUAAUAAAUCCACCGCGGAAGAACAAGAAGCCAUGUUGAGAGCUUUAAUUGAGAAAGAAGAUCAACGUAGACAAAAGGGUAACGAGGAAGAAGAGGAGGAUUUGGAUGAUGAUGAAUUAAAUCAAAUCAUUGCGAGAAAUGAAAAAGAAUUGGAUGUUUUCAGACGUCUUGAUGAAGAAAGAUACGUUACCACUAGAGAUGCAUCUUAUCCUGCUAGAUUGUUUACUGAACAAGAGUUGCCUGAAAUUUAUAAGAAGGAUCCAGAAGAACUUUUCAAGAAGGAUGAAGUUGUCUUGGAAGAUUAUGGACGUGGUGCAAGAGAAAGAAAGACUUUGCAUUAUGAUGAUAAUUUGACUGAAGAACAAUGGUUAAGAAAGAUUGACGGUAUGAUUUCUGAUGAUGAUGAAGGUGGUGGUGAUGAAGAAGUCACCGAUUCAGAAGUUGAAGUUAAACCAAAAAAGAAAGGCAGAAGAGGUCGUAAACCAAAAGUUCAACCGGUUGAAGAUGAGGAAAGUCAAACUGAAUCAGAAGUGCCAUCAACAAAACGUUCAUUUAUUGAUGAUUCAGAAGAUUUUGCACCACCAAAGAGACAAAAGUCAGUUACGCCAAGUGUUACUUCAACAAGAGGUAGAGGAAGAGGCAGAGGACGUGGUCGUGGUAGAGGUCGUGGAAGAGGUUCUUUGUUGUCACGUUAUGCACCAUCUAUUGAUCCAUUGACAGCUGAAGAAAGAUCGACAUUGCAAAAUAACAUUGAGAGUAUAUUGGGAUUGAUUAUCAAUUACAAGAAUGAACACGACAGAAAAUUGAGUGAAUUGUUCUUAGUUAAACCACCAAAGAAAUUAUACCCUGAUUAUUACGUAUUGAUCAAACAUCCUAUUGCUCUUGAUGUUAUCAAAAAGAGAACUGGAUCUAAUACUUACAGUAAGAUCAGAGAAUUUUUAGAAGAUGUUCAUUUAAUGUUCAGCAAUGCUAGAAUUUAUAACGAAGAAGGAUCUAUUGUUUAUCAAGAUGCCGCAUUUUUGGAAAGAGUAUCAAUGGAUAAAUUCAAAGAAUUGUAUUCCACUCUUUCAGAGGAAGAAGUUAACAAAAUUUUAGACUUUACUGAUUUUGAUGAUAUGUUUAGUUUGAAACCAUUAGUUCCAUCUACUGCAAUUAAACAACCAAUUGAAGCCAAAUUAGAGAAAAUCGAUAGAGGUGAAACUGUUGAUAGUCCAUUGAUUACUGUAUCAACUACAGCUGGAACAGAAGAAUCUACACCAGCAAACUUUGAUUAG